GGUGAGCGCUACCGAGAGAUGUUGAAUGAGUUUUUAUUGCCGGAAUUGGACGAGCAGGGUCUGGAAGACAUAUGGUUUCAACAAGACGGUGCCACCGCACACACAGCCCGAGCGACGAUGGACAUUCUGAAGGAGACAUUUCCGGGCCGCCUCAUAUCGCAUUUCGGCGAUAUGCACUGGCCCGCAAGAUCGCCCGAUUUGACUGUUCCUGACUUUUUUCUUUGGGGUUUUUUGAAGUCGCGGGUCUAUGCGAACAAGCCACAGGCUCUGGCAGCCCUUAAAGAGAACAUCCGACAUGAAGCGGCCAACAUAUCGCCCGACGUUCUCAAAAAAGCCAUGGAAAAUGCUAUAAAAAGGGCCCAAAUGGUAAUCAACAAUGGCGUCGGUCACUUGACCGAUAUCAUUUUCAAAUCUUGA